AGCGGGGUAGACCUCGUGGUGGACUGGGCUCUCGAUUCGGCCAUAUUGUGGUGGAUGGUGAAUGACUCCGUUACACAAGGGCUCGAGAGUAGCCGUACAACUUUCGCUGAAUCCUCGACACCGUGAGGAUAAGGUCGCAAAAUGGAGAACGAGUACACGGUUACCGUCACGAACAAGUUCCUGCUGGCGCUCGACGAGACCGAGGAUCCCCUGGAGGUGCUGAAAGUGCGCGAGCAAGAGAAGGAAGCGAAGAAGAAGGAGAGGAUCUCCGAGAAGGAGAACAAGAGCAAACAACAGCAACAGCAGCAGCAGCAGCAGCAGCAGGACGGGCAGAAACCCGCGAAUAACAAGACCCAGAAGAGCCGCGUGAUCAAGGACGUCCAGCAGCAGCCGCCGUCGAAGGCACAGGACUCCAAGAAAGAUCAAGUAGACAAGAAACCAGCUCAGCCAAGAGCAAGUGGCGGUGACCGUAAUGUGAAGUUUUCUGGGGAGUCCAGAGAGGAACGUAACAACAGGCGCAACCGUGAAGAUGGGGAAAGGACAUUACGAGGGCAAGGAGAGUUCAGGCGGGGGCCUCCUAGUGAGGGUCGUGAGACGCGCGAGUUCCGAAACUCGAGCGAGACCCAACGCGGUGAAUACGGAGAACGCCGCGGUCGUGGCGGUAUGCGCGGUAUGAGCCGUGGACGUGGAGGUCCACGUGGCCGUGGUGGCUUUGAUAAUCGCGGCAAACGUGAAUUCGAUCGCCAAUCAGGCUCUGAUAAAACUGGAAUUAAACCAGUGGAUAAAAAAGAUGGCGCUGGCAGCCAUAACUGGGGUACACACAAUGAUGAAAUAGAGGAGAGCUUGAAUCAAGAGAAUCAAGAUUGGGCCAACGACAAGCCGGACGCCGAUCCGCAAGCGACGACCGAGGUCAAAAACGGAGAAGCGACUGCGGACGCAGCCGUGGAGGAGAAGCCGGCUGAAGAGGAGGCACGUGAGCUUACCUUGGACGAGUGGAAGGCCUUGCGGAAUAACCGAGCCAAGCCUCAGUACAAUCUGCGAAAGGCCGGCGAGGGCGAGGAUCUGUCACGCUGGAAAAAGAUGUACGCGCUCGAGAAGAAGAAAGAGGGCCAGGAGGAGGAGGAGGAGGAGGAGGAGGAGUACGACGCGGCUGCGGAGUACCCUCAGCGCGUCGGCAGACAAAAGCGCGUCUUAGGCAUUGAAAUUCAGUUCAGUGACUCCCGACGCGGUUCCGGUGGUCGCGGUCGAGGCGGCCGCGGCCGCGGCGAUCGCGUGAACGGUCGUGGAUUUGGGAAUCGCGGAGCUCCUAGAGACGGCGAUGCACGCCUGCAAAACGAGCAGAGGUCGCCGCGAAGUCGUCAGAACGCUCCGAAGGUAGACGAUGAAAAUGACUUCCCUUCUCUGGGAUAGAUAGUUUCAUCUAUCACAAUCGACUACCCACCAAUACCAUCACUUAUCGAGGAAAAACGGAGGAAGCUACAUUAAUUAAAGAAAAAAGAAAAAGGAAAAAAAAGCGAAUACUACUAUCGAGAAUUUUGCGUUAGUGAUAACAUUAUUAAUGCAUAAUACAGUAUAACAUUGCAGAAAUGAGAGAUACGUAACAUUAUCUAAAAAAAACAAAUUCCUCUCGUGGCGUUAACGUCACGUGGUAUCACGUAUUGGCAUAUAUCCACACAUACACAUGCGCCCGCGCGCAACACAUGCAAACACAACACACGCGCACGCACGCACGAAAGAAAACCUGCAUGAUGUAUGAACAAGAAAAAAAAACAAAUAGAUAACGAUCCUUUUUGUACUUGUGGGGAACCAUUUAUCUGUAAUUAGUCCGAGACACACACACACACACUGGCCAGCGAGUGAAUAAUCCGUGAGAAGUGCGAGCACAGUCGCUUCACGUGACACGCUCAUAAUUUUGACUCUACAAAGAUAACACGGGGAAAAGAUACGUUACAAGAACUGUGAGAAAGAAAGAGACAGAAAAAGAAAGUACACGAGGACGAGAGAGAAUUUAAGGCGCACUAGCGAACGCAGAAGGUUGAAGAUCCACUUUAUAACGGACACGUUCAAUCGUAAAAUUCGAUUCGAAUCAGAGAGAGAGCAAUUUGUAGAGAAAAAGUAAUUUUGUUGUGUACAUAGAAGAAAAAAAAUAAAGAAUUGUAGACCACGUCUAUGUAUUCCGAUUUCAAUCCGAGCGAUUCUGUUACAUCUCGAGACGACACACCUCUCAGCUUUCUGUGUUUGUUGGUCCGUGUUAGAUUCUCUUCCUUUUUUCCUUUCGUCGAGGGCCUAAAGGAGGCUGGAUGUAGCAACAAAAUACACGUGCGAACAUGUAUAAUAUCUUUUUUAAGCGUAAAUUUUAAACGCACUUUCUGUUUUAUAAGUUUUAUACGGUAUUUGGAAAAGAGCAACAAUCCUUCCUUGUAGACUGGCGGGAGGGGGGGGGGACACCCGCCGCCGUGUACGAGGUUUAAGAAACUCUUAAAGGAGGGUAAAUUCUAUUUAAGAGAACACCCUGCUAAAUCGUCUACUUAGAACUCUUGCUAAGUUUGACUUAUAUAUAUAUAUAUAUACAUAGCGCCGCGCGUACGAGAGCGAGAGAGAGAUUCCCCUUUCAAAGAUAUAAUCGAUCUGUACGAAGUUAACGUUAAGCGGAAUAUCUAUUCGGAAUAUGUAUUCUCUAUUCUCUACGGCGCGAAAAACAAAGUGAGAGACACACGGUACAUUACAAAAGAAGGAGAACGAACGAUCAUCUAAGAUCUCACUACGUUACACGUUCUCGUACUCUUAAUUAUCUAAUAUUAGUUAUUCACUCUAUUUGUUAUACAAUUAAAGGAGGAUGAUCAGCCAGAAGGUUUUACCUCUCGUCCAUCAUAGAGACCGAAGGAAGGAGAAUAACACAGAGCUGUUCGGAGCUUUAGGUACAUGUGUAAAUAACAAUUACAAUAAUAAAUCGUGACGAUGAUCAGAAAUCUUGACUAACUUGACCAGUCAGAUUAAUAAGAUUGCUCUUUCUUUCUUUCUUGUUUAUCUGUACAGAAAAAAAAGAAAGCGUAAGUACAAAAGUAUAAUCACCGUUUCAAAACUAAAGAGAAGGACAGCAAACCUGAAUCUGAUAAUUGACUUGCAUUGAGAUGUGUUAACGCUAAAUAAAGUUGUAAACGCAA